CCUGAUGUGGACUCGGAGCAGCUGACAUGGCGCCCCAGGGCUCAGUACAGCUCUAGAGAGGGGACUGGGCAAGCCUGUUCAAUCGUGCAUUUUACGCUGAAUCGGAUGCUUUAACGCUGUUUCUCCUGCGGGCGUUUGGGUUAGCCAGCCCCUGAAUGACCCGCUCAUUUCGCUCCGUCUUCAAACGCGGCCCACAUGAGCACGGCCCAGCUGCACUCGCAGGAGGCUCUUCCGCUGCGGGGGGGGAGCAUGGCCGCCACCAUGACCGAGACAAUGCACCGGGGGCUGCAUUCCCAGGACCCAGACGGGGUGGCCCAUGAGAUUGGCAUGCUUCUCCGCGGUCCCAGCAGGGCGCGCUUUGAGAACCUCCUCUCGCGCGAUGUUCCUCAGAGGAGCGGCAGCGCGCCUCCCAGCGUGGAGGGCAGCCUGGCUGGAGUUGCGUCUCUAAGUAACCUCUUCCACAGCCAGAACGGCGGGGAGGCCCUCACGGCGCGGGACAAAGCGGGCAUUGCAGCUGCGUAUGCCGAGGACUACAACAUCCCCGAGAAUGAGAAGGAGCUGCGGUCUGACCCUGCUUACCUGGCGUACUACUACUCCCACAUCAACCUGAACCCCCGCUUGCCCCCACCCCUGAUUUCGUGGGAGAAUUGGCGGCUGGCGCAAAGGUUGCAGGCGGGGUUGAAGGCAGGGGGAGGGUUUGACGGUGCGGGAAGGCCGCGCGGGGUGGCGGAGGAGAAUGGGCCCCUGAGCAAGUCGCUGUUUGCGACGCAACCGGUGCUGCCGACGCAUAGGGAGGAAGAACCGGAACAGCUGGCAAAUGAGAGUGACGGUUUGGAUAUGGGCAAUUCUGCAGGAAUGGGCGGUCUCUCGAACCCCCAGCACGAUUGGCAGCGAGACCCUGGGGUGCUGUUGGGGCUAACCAGCAUGGGGCUGGGGGCCAAGCCCAAGAGCCUGGUGGACCUCAUCCAGGAGGAUUUUCCCCGCACGCCCUCCCCUGUCUACAGCCACUCGCGCAACGCCAACCGCGAUGACGACGCGCCUUCGCUCCUGCAAGAAGCCGCCGCGCUGCACCGCGCUGAGUCGCCUGCGCCUGUCCCGCGCUCGAACACCGCAACACCCAAACCUUUGGGCAGUCUGGGCAUCCCCUCCCCUGCAAGCACUCUCUCAGGCCCCCCUUCGGUGGGUGCUCCACCAAGGCACGCGAGUCCCGCGCCAAUUGGAACGGGCGCUACGGCGGGUUUGCAUGAGGGAGGGGGUUUGCACAACCUUAGCCGCGCGAACAGUGCGUCGGCGUCGGAUCUGACGGCCCAGAUGCAGGGGUUGAGGGUCGGAGGAGGAGAAGGGUUUCGGGAUGGGGGCAUGGAGCAGGAGCACCAGGUACAUUCGCGUGGGGGGGAGAGCCACAGGAAAGCGCUGCAUCCACAGGACAACUACCGCAAGCCGAGCCACCGUUCCCACCCUCAGGACCACCCCCGCAGCCGCACCAGCAGCAUCCCGAUGUCCGUUCCAGGGGGCCCUGGAGGCCCCUCCGGCGGCCCCCCCGAAAUGUUCAGCGCCGCAGCGGCUGCCGCUAUGUACCAGCACAUGGCCAACAAUCCCGCCUACUUCCAAAACAUGCAAGCGGCAGCAGCCAUGUACGGGCCCCAGUAUGCCGCGGCAGCCGCAAUGCAAAUGGGGGGUUUCCCAAUGAGCCCAACGAUGGUCAGCCCGUUCGGCAGCUACCCCCCCUCGGGAAUGAUGUACGACCAGGGGGGUGCGGGGAUGCAUCCCAUGUACCGGGGCGGCGCCCCCCAGGCGGAUCCCAUGUACAUCGCCUACCUCCAAAGGAGCGCCGAUGACGCGAGGAUGGGGCGAGAACCCGCUCCUUAUGUGGGGACGCCACCUGGCGCUGGCGGGGAGCUUCUGAUGGAGCGGGGGGCUUUGGGUGGUUUCGGGUUCAGCCCUGAACGCCGCCCCGGGGGGGUGAAUGUCCCUGCCCCCAAGGGGGGUGGCCACAGCCCGGCGUACUAUGGAUCCCCCCCUGGGGUGGCGCCAAUGUAUCCGGGGCCUGCUAUGGCGCCUCUGGGGGGGGUGCGAAGGGAGGAGAGGAUGGCGAGGGGGGCCCCGGUUGAAAGGGGCCGGCAGCCCCCCGGGUAUGGGCAGUGGGGCGGGGAGAAAGCGGAGGAGACGCGGGGGUCGGGCCUGCUGGAGGAGUUCAAGAACAGCAAGACGAGGAGGUUUGAGCUGGCGGACAUUGUGGGGCAUGUCGUGGAGUUCAGUGCGGACCAGCACGGCAGCCGGUUCAUCCAGCAGAAGCUGGAGGUCGCACCCCCCCAGGAGAAGCAGAUGAUCUUUGAGGAGGUCCUCCCGCGCGCGCUCACGCUCAUGACCGACGUCUUUGGCAACUACGUCAUACAGAAGUUCUUUGAGCACGGCACCCCUCCCCAGCGGCGCGAGCUGGCGAAGCAGUUACAGGGCCACGUGCUGGCGCUGUCCCUACAGAUGUACGGAUGCAGGGUCAUCCAAAAGGCGCUGGAGGUGGUGGACCGUGCGCAGCAGAGCGCGCUCAUUGCGGAGCUGGACGGGCAGGUGAUGCGCUGCGUGCGCGACCAGAACGGGAACCACGUCAUCCAAAAGUGCAUCGAGUGCGUCCCCGCCGACCGCAUCGGCUUCAUCGUCAACGCCUUCUACAGCAACGUCGUCAGCCUCUCCACGCACCCCUACGGCUGCCGCGUCAUCCAGCGCGUGCUGGAGCACUGCCCGGAGCAGCAGGCGGAGCUGGGCAUCAUGGAGGAGAUCUUGCGCGCCACGACGACGCUGGCGCAGGACCAGUACGGCAACUACGUCGUGCAGCACGUGCUGGAGCACGGCCAGCCCGCAGAGAAGAAGGACAUCUGCACCAAGCUCGCGGGGCAGAUCGUGGCCAUGAGCCGGCACAAGUUUGCCAGCAACGUGGUGGAGAAGUGCGUGGAGUACGGCGGCCCCGCUGAGCGUCAGCUGGUGAUCACGGAGAUGCUGGGCCAGACGAACGAGAACGAGCCGCUGCAGGCCAUGAUGAAGGACCAGUUCGCCAACUACGUCGUGCAAAAGGUGCUGGAGGUGGCGGACGAGGGCCAGCGGGAGUACCUGCUCGGUCGCAUCAAGGUGCACCUGCACGCCCUCAAAAAGUACACCUACGGCAAGCACAUCGUCGCGCGCGUCGAGAAGCUCAUUGCAUCCGCAGAAAACCCCGGGUCUCAGUCACGACGCAACGACCGCAACCGGUCCGACCACCGCCACUGAGCUGCCCUCUAGUCCACCCGGCCGCAUCGUUUCCGGCGUGGAUUCUUCUUGGGUGGUCGAUGUGCGGUCAUAAGCUUGGGGCUUUGUAUACAGGAUGCAUAGCGUUGUGUACAAAAUAUAAACGAGCAGGGUGGAGUGCGUGUACAUACCGCAGAGGGGCGCACUCUAGCCUUGAGUGACCGGCGGUGUUCAAAACGUUCCCAGGCGAGGGGGUUGACGAGCGGGCAUGUAUGAGGUCUUUGUGUACUCUCUGUGCAUACGAUUGAGUGACGGACGGGAAAGAGAGAAGGGGAGUCUCCGGGGAACCGGGUGUGGAGCUCCGCAGGCCAUUCUUAAUGUGGACGAUAUUAGUUUGCGAAUAGUACUUCAGAACGGGUAGUCUCGGCAAUUGCAGCUGUGUAUAGAGCGGGGGUUUCCAUAGAGUUGUAGCCACGCUGUGUACGGGGCGACGGUUUGGGGGACCUUGUCGCGCAGCACACUGUGAAGAGAGACAUACGAGUCCGCCAAAACCGUGCAUCCCGGGUAGGGCCGUAAGUAGAAAUGUAUGUAGUAGUACUAUCUGUAUAGGCGCUGGCGUUGUAUAUAUCGUACAGCUGCUGAUACGACUCAAAUAAGG